UGGGACCAAAAGUAUCGAGAUUAUUUCUACACCCGUGAGCCUUUGGCCACUUUCUAUGAUCCUGGUGAUGUUUCCGCUCAAUUGGCGAUCAAAGAUUAACUUCAAUGUAAAUCAUUUGACUGGUUCAUGGAUCGAAUCGGUCAUGUUGUUUACAAACAUUUCCCUGCCCUUCCAGCAAAUGUCCAUUGGGGCGAAGUGCGAAACAAAGCGACCGACAAAUGUUUGGACACUGGAUCAUCGGCACCACCACGAACUGUUCAUCUUUCCACUUGCCAUUCAUCGGGUGGUAAUCAACUUUUCCGUCUCAAUGAAGAGGGUCAACUUGGUGUUGGUGAGAGAUGUAUAGAUGCCGAUAAUCAUAAGAUGAGUUUAAUUUACUGUAAAUUGGGAACCGUUGAUGGGCCUUGGUCAUUUGAUGAACACACCAAACAAAUGGUUUAAACGUCGAGAGAUCAAAGUUGAUGGACAGAAAGGAUAUUUACCAGCCUAUUGAGUUGAUCAUCUUAUCAACAAAUAUCAUGAGAUCACAGGGAGAGAAAUUGUUAGUAA